AUGUCCAACGAUAUGAGAAUGCGUCUCCUCAAGUCAAACCACCCAGCUAACCAGGGCUCACGCCGGGGGAUUCUCAAAUCACUGCCAGUACGCAGCAAGAACCACAUUGUAGCCGCCGGUUCCGAGUUCAUUGGGACGUUUCUCUUUCUCUUCUUCGCCUUUGCGGGCGCCCAAACCGCCAACACGGCCCCGGGCGGCGACGGGCCCGCCGACCCAGCCCGUCUCCUCUUUAUCGCCCUGAGCUUUGGCAUCAGCCUGGCCGUCAACGUGUGGGUCUUUUUCCGCGUCAGCGGGGGGCUCUUCAACCCCGCCGUCAGCCUGGCCAUGGUCCUCGCGGGCGCCAUGGACGCGGCCCGGGCCGUGCUGGUCGUGCCGGCGCAGCUGCUCGGGGGCGUCGCGGCUGCCGCCGUGGUCGGGGCCCUGCUCCCGGGACCCCUGGCUGUCGGCACGGCGCUGGGUGCCGGCAUCUCGGUCGGUCGCGCCUUGGUGCUGGAAAUGCUUCUCACGGCAGAGCUGGUCCUGACGAUUUUUAUGCUUGCUGCCGAGAAGCAUCGGGGUACGUUUAUGGCGCCUGUGGGUAUUGGGUUGAGUCUUUUUGUGGCUCAUUUGGCAGGUGUGUAUUAUACUGGCGCGUCCCUAAACCCAGCGCGCUCGUUGGGUCCGGCGGUAGUCACGGGUCACUUUCCCAGCGAGCAUUGGAUCUACUGGAUCGGACCUAUACUGGGCUCUCUCUUGGCAUCGCUGGUGUACCUGCUCGUCAAGGCCGUGGAUUACACCACCGUCAAUCCUGCCCAGGAUGCCGCUGGGGGCGGCGGCGAUGACAACAACAACAACAACAACAACAACAACAACAACGCAUCCCGAGAAGAGGGACAUGCUUCUCACGACAUUGAUGAGGGAGGGCCCAGCAGGACGGAUGCAACGGGAAGCAAGGGUCGGGCCUACGAGCAGAGUCCGAGGUUGGAAGAUGGAGAGGGAUCACGGGCUACUCAGUAA